GAUUUAUUGUUCUGUUAACAUUCCUUUGUCUUGGUUGUUGUUUACUUAUCAGCUGUUUGGCAUUUUCGAUGGAGAACACUUUUCAAGAUAUUCGGCAAUUUUCGGCAUGCAAUUUGCAUCUAGAAUCAAAAAUGAAAAUGUUAAAUUUCAUGAAACGAUUUGGGAAAGUGGCAUUGAGAGUAACAAUUGGUGGAUUAUUUAUGUUAAUAAGAGAUUUCCAUUAAGAAUGGCGAAGUCAUUGCACACUGUACACUCCGGACUGCUGAAGCUGAGAGAUGUUUCUCACCAUUCAAAACAAUGUAAUGAAAUACAAGCACAGAUAAGCUUUGGUGAAGGUCGAAACCAAUGUCAACAGAGAGGCGACAGUCUGUCACCAAAUCCUUUAUGGGUAGCCGGAGAGGAACAAACAAUAAGUAAGAAAUUAAAAACUUUUAACAAUGAUGCCGAUUAUAUUUGGUAUUUUUUAACGUUUAUUUUACUCUACAUUCUGUUGAAAACGUCAGAACGAUUCAGUAAAUUGUGGUUUGUAAUUAUUUACGAAAUUUUAAUCAAAUUUGUUGUAGAAUUAUCUUUCAGUAAGAUCAGAAAAUGUUGUUUUCGAAAUUUAAAAUCAGAAGUAUCUAAUGACCCUGAACGUUCGCGUGAAGGUCGACUGAGGAUUUUGGAAAUAGGACCGGGUGGUGGAAGAAACUUCGAAUAUUUUCCCGAGAAGACUUCAUUAAUUUGUGUGGAACCGAACGAAUUUUGCCGAAAAUUUCUUGAGAAUAACAUAACGAAAUAUCCGAAUAUCCAUUUAGAAGAUUUCUACCACUCUGGAGUGGAAGACAUGAAAGAAAUAAAAGACGAAAGUUUCGAUGUAGUCGUAGGGUCAUGCGUACUUUGCUCGGUGCAAGACGUAGAAAAAUCUUUGAGUGAGAUCAAAAGGGUCCUAACUAAAGGAGGAAAAUAUUAUUAUAUGGAACACGUUUUAGAUCCGAAGCCACGAAUUUACUUCAUUCAAAAAUUAGUCGAACCUUUCUGGAGUCUAAUGUUUCACAACUGUCAACUUACUCGACGUACCGGAAAUUACGUCAGGAAUGCUGGUUUUAGUCAAGUUAUAGAAAACAGUAUAAGAGUGCCCAUCCUUACGUAUGUAGUUCAGUAUAAUUUAAUACGGUAUUGCUGUAAAAUAAUCUUGUUACAUUUUUUAAAAUGUAUUUUUGCUAUAUAAAUGUAGCAUGCUUUGUCUAAUAUUUUAAUUAAAGAUACAAAAAAUA